UAAUGCUGCCAUAAUAAAUUAUUUAUAGAUAAGUUAGACAUUCCCCUUAAAGUAUCUAUUAAAUGAAUCAUAUAUAGAAAUUUUAAGAUAAUCCACAAUUCUUCCACAUCAAUAAUUAAGAACAUCAACUCCUAUUAGAUAAUAAAGAUCGUACUCUCAUUUUGAUUAAUAACCCUAAAGUAGUAUGAAAAAGCAAUAAGAAAAUUUUGAAAGAGAAAAUGAUCUAUUAAGAGAAAAAGUAAAAUAAUUGAAGCAAUAGAUAGCCAGUCUUGAACAAAAUUAUUAAAAUAAUGCAGAAGUAUAAAGUUUAUUUGAUUUUAGAUUGAAGAAUAAUAUAUAGUUGCUUUAAGAAUAUUUUAAUAAUUGAAAAUUGAGUCUGAAUAAUUAAGAUUAGAGCUUUCUUAUAUAAAAUAGGAGAACAAUCUGCUUAAAUCAAAAUUAAAACAAAUUAAUUAUUGA